AUGGCAUUGCAGGUAAACGGCUAUGACCCGGGGACCUCUGAACCAAAUGGGAGGGGAGAGUGCAUAUGGACUACUUUCUGCAAAAAAUACCCAGAAAAAAUUGCAGAUAGAAGCAAUGGAGACAUUGCAUGCGACUCUUACCAUCGUUACAAGGAGGAUGUGGAACUGUUAGCAGAUCUCGGCAUGGAUGCAUAUAGAUUCUCCAUUUCCUGGCCAAGAAUUUUGCCAAAUGGUCGUGGCAAAGUAAACCCUGAAGGAAUUCAAUAUUACAAGAAUUUGAUUGAUGAACUCCAUGACUAUGGAAUAGAGCCAUUUGUAACAUUGUUCCAUUGGGAUUUGCCACAAGCUCUAGAAGAUGAAUAUGGAGGCUUUUUGGAUAAAAGAAUUGUAGAGGACUUCAAAAACUUUGCAAAAUUAUGUUAUGAAGAAUUUGGAGAUAAGGUUAAGAAUUGGAUUACCAUAAAUGAACCAUUGACAUUUUCUACACUUGGAUAUGGUGAAGGAAUCCUUGCUCCAGGUAGAUGCACUCAAGGGCUUCCUAAUCUUAGUUGCCCAGCUGGAGGAGAUUCUUUGAGAGAGCCAUAUAUUGUUUCUCAUAACAUUCUCUUAGCUCAUUCUGAAGCAGCAAGACUAUAUAAAGAUGAAUAUCAGGCCAAGCAACAAGGAAAAGUGGGUAUCAGCUUGCCCACAAAUUGGUUUGAGCCAUAUGAUAACAACCCCACCGAUAAAGAGGCACAAAAGAGAGCACUUGAAUUUAAUUUGGGAUGGAUGAAUAUGUCCUUUGAUAUUCAAGAUUUAGAAAGGAAUGGCGUCCCCAUUGAGCACGCAGAGCCUGGAAGUUGGAUCAAUGUAUAUCCGAGAGGACUGAGGGAACUUCUUUUAUACAUAAAGGAAAGAUAUAACAAUCCUGCAAUUUACAUCACUGAAAAUGGAGUACUGGAGAAAGAUAUGAACUUACCAGUUUCAGAGGCGAUUGUUGAUCCACAUAGGACGGAGUAUCUCACCCUUCACCUUCAUGAACUUACUGAAGCCUUGAGGUUGGAAGCAAAUGUGAAAGGAUAUUUUACAUGGUCAUUAUUGGACAACUUUGAAUGGAAUUCUGGAUACACUUCUCGGUUAGGGCUUCAUUAUAUAGACUUCAAAGACAAGACAUUGAAGAAAAACAGUGAAGGAGAGCUUAUUGUGCCUGAUCGAACAAGGACUAAAAAGAACUCAGCCCUUUGGUUCAAAAGGUUUCUGAACAUUAAGAGAAAGGCUGGAAUGACAUUUGGCCCCAAAAUUGAGUGA